GCAGGAAAUCGCCAGCCUGUCGGUUUUCAAAAUGAAAAUGAAUAGCCAGCGACAUUUUCAUUUAUUGAAGAAGUUUCUCAAUUGAUUGACAAUGCUUACUUUUAGAAGUGUUUAAAUAACUAAAGCAAACGUGAGGUAACUUGGAAAGGCAACGCACUGUCAAUACGUCGUUAGAUAACUAGCAAGUUUUGCUAGCUAGAGCCGUACAAAGCUACCAUUGACUGUGGUGAAGCUACUAACGUUGGCUAGUUAGCACAUUCAUCUGCUAGCUAACCGGUUUGGACCACAUAUGUACAUGUUUUGACAUAGAGUCAAAAUGGAGCUCUUUCAAGCCAAAGACCAUUACAUUCUUCAGAGUGGCGAUCAUGCUCUUUGGUGUAGCCGAAUUGAUGGGACCAUGAACGUCAGACCAGCUACAGACCUGCUGUUAGCUUGGAAUCCAGUGUGUUUGGGCCGAGUGGAGGGUCUCAUUGGAAAAAUACAACUUCAUACAGAUCUUCCUCUGGGUCUCAUACUGAUCCGCCAGAAAGCGCUGGUUGGCCAGAUGCCAGGCGACCACAGAGUCUACAAGAUCACCAAGAUAGCCGUCAUUCCCCUGUCAGAGGAAGAGCCUCUGGAUUUGGAGCUUGAGAUAUCAGUCUUACAGGUGAGCCGUGAUGAUGAUGGUACGGAUACAGAUGAUGAAGACCUGUGUAAGAAGCAUCACUUUGGGAUUGACAAACCAGAGAAAAUUACACAGUCUCCAGAUGACUCCAAGUUCCUCUUGAAAACUCUUAGUCAGAUUAAAUCCAAUGUUGGGGCUCCUGUCAAGAAAAAGGUCAAAGAGAACAAAGAGAGAGAACGCCUUGAGAGGCGGCUGCUGGAUGAGCUCUACAAGAUAUUCAUGGACUCUGAUUCCUUCUACUACAGCAUGACCUAUGACCUCACCAACACGGUGCAGCGGCAGGGAGACACAGAAAAGUCCAACUUGCCAAUGUGGAAACAGGUGGAUGACAGAUUCUUUUGGAAUAAACACAUGGUCCGGGAGCUAAUUGAUCUGCAGGUUCCUGAGGCAGACUUCUGGGUGAUGCCCAUUAUCCAGGGCUUUGUGCAGGUGGAGGAGCUGGUGGUUAAUUACAACGAGAGCCCUGAUGAGGAGAGGAGCAGCCCCGACACGCCACUGCAGGAUCUCACCUGUGUGGAUGACAUCCACCCGCGCUUCACUGUGGCCCUCAUAUCCCGCCGAAGUCGCCACCGUGCAGGGAUGCGGUACAAGCGCAGAGGGGUGGACACAGAGGGCCACGUGGCUAACUACGUGGAGACUGAACAACUAAUCAGCGUACACAACCACUCGCUGUCUUUUGUGCAGAGUCGCGGCUCUGUGCCUGUCUUCUGGAGCCAAGCAGGCUACCGCUACAACCCCAGGCCCCGCCUGGAGAAAGGUGAGAAGGAGACGGUUCCUUUCUUUGCUGCUCACUUUGAUGAACAGCUCAAACUUUACAAGAAGCAGGUCAUUAUUAACUUAGUGGACCAAGGUGGGCGUGAGAAGAUUAUCGGUGACGCAUAUCUGAAACAAGUCCUUCUAUACAACAACCCAAACCUCACAUAUGUCUCUUUUGACUUCCAUGAGCACUGUCGUGGGAUGAAGUUUGAGAACGUGCAAACGCUGACAGAUGCCAUCUCUGACAUUAUCACAGACAUGAGAUGGGGCUGGGUGGACCAGGCAGGUGUCAUCUGCCACCAGGAGGGAAUUUUCCGGGUCAACUGCAUGGACUGCCUGGACAGGACCAAUGUAGUCCAGGCCGCCAUCGCUCGUUCAGUAAUGGAAGCACAACUGAAGAAACUGGGUGUGAUGCCCCCAGAGCAGCCCCUGCCACUCAAGUGCUACCGGAUCUACCAAGUCAUGUGGGCAAACAACGGUGACACAAUCAGUAGGCAGUACGCUGGCACGGCAGCCCUCAAGGGUGACUUCACCAGAACUGGAGAGAGAAAACUGGCCGGGGUAAUGAAAGAUGGUGUGAACUCAGCCAACCGCUACUAUCUGAACCGCUUCAGGGACGCUUAUAGACAAGCGGUCAUUGACCUGAUGAUGGGCAAUCCUGUGACAGAGGACCUAUACUCCAUCUUUAGUAAAGAGAAGGAGCAUGAGGAGAAGGAGCAGGAGAGCCAGAGGGUAACCCAGGAGCAGGUGAGCCUCCUCCUGCAGACCUACAUGCAGCUGCUAUUACCAGACGAUGAGAAGUUCCACGGGGGCUGGGCCCUCAUCGACUGUGACAUGAGCCUCAUGGAUGCAACCAGCAAAGACGUUGAUGUUCUCCUGUUGCUGUCCAACAGUGCAUAUUACGUUGCCUACUAUGAUGAGGAAGCUGACAAGGUCAAUCAGUACCAGCGCCUGAACUUGGAGGGUUUGGAAAAGAUUGAAAUAGGCCCAGAACCCACUUUAUUUGGAAAGCCCAAAUUCUGCUGUAUGCGUCUGCACUACAAGAAUGAGGAGACAAGUGGUUACUUCCAUACUCUGAGAGCUGUUACUAGGAAUCCUGAGGAUGAUGGUAAAGACACGUUGCAGUGCAUAGCUGAGAUGCUUCGCAUAACUAAGCAAGCUAUUGGACUUGACCUGCAGGUGAUUGAAAAGCGACUGGAGAGGAAGCACAGUAAACCCCACGAUGACAUCAUGGGCAUUCAGGGCAGACACCCUGACCAAGUCCUGGGUAGUUCCGGUCUGGCUCAGGGCAAGAGCUUUCUCAUGAACAAGUUCUCCUCCCUCAACCAGAGGGUGAAGAAGUCCAACGUAAACAUGGGAACCUUCAAGGGGAGGCUUGGCAACACUUUCUCGGCCAAGCCAGAUGUGAAGGUGAACUUCUUGAAGCCCACCGUCGGGGUCACCCUCUGGAAGUCUGACAGUAGCUUGGAGACGUCGGAUGGGGCCAGCAAUGGCCCGGGCCUGAAGGACCUCUGUGACAACCACUCCGAGAUGUCGUCCGACUCUGACUCCUACAACUCGGAUGAACACCCACGCUCUAGCUCCGUGGAGAACGUGGACUACGUGCUGCCUAGCUGCGGGAUUGUGGCGACUGCUCCGAGGCUGGGCAGGCGAGGAAGUGUGGAGCUCAACAUCCGGGUCACUGGUUGCGACAGUAAAAGUAAGCAGCAGGAGACUCCAGUUUUAGCCAGUCCCAAUGACCGGUCCUCCGAGGCUACCUCAGAGGCAGAGGAAGCCAUUCUGAUAGACUUUGGAACGCCCAUUGAUGCCUAUUGCCACCAGUUCAUCCAAGAUGCGCAGACCAAACCUGUGGAGGUAUUCGGGGAGCAGGUGUCUGGUGGCAUCGCUACACGGAACCCACAGAUCCCUUCACACUCCAAAGGCUCCCUGGCCCCUGACAAACAUUUGGAUCAGCAGGUGCUGGAGGAGGACCUCAAACUCCCACCAAGGCCGUCCCAGCUAGAUGUUGCUUCCAGCCCCAAUCUCUUGACCGUGCACAAGCCCAGCUCAGCGGCUUCAGGAGGCUCCCAGAGGAGCCUGGGCUCUCAAUUGGAGGGCAGCCUUGGCCCUUCGCCUGCCGAGGGCAAUGGGAGUCGCGUUGUUUCCCCUUUUGCAAAGAUCAAGAGCUCCAUGGUCCAGGUGGCCAGUCUCACCCAGGCCGGACUCACCCAAGGCAUCAACUUUGCCGUGGCAAAAGUGCAGAAGAGCCCAGAGCCGGAAAUGGUCACUCUCAACGAGACCCAAGAGAACGAGCUGAAGGCAAUGUUUACACAGUGCCAGACAAGGAUCAUCCAGAUUUAGGACUCUCCUAGUAGUAGCCUUCAAGCAGGUUUUUGUACAUUUAGUCGUACCGUAUUGAUGUGACUUCCAGUACAGUAGCUAGCAGUAGCAUAAGCUUGUAAAGGGCCCACUCUGACUCGGCAAACCCAGCAUUUCAGUUACUCCGGUAGUUUAUCAGACCAUGUUUACAGCCAGUGUUGUGUAGUAUAUAGUGUCCUUAGUCUAAUCGCAAUUCCAUUCAAUUGACUUUCCAGCAAUAUUUGCAUGUCAGGUUAUUGGUAAUGACCCGGUAAGAUGAGUAGGGUAAUACCCAGUGCAUGGUGAAAGACAAACUCUGAAUUUAUCACUUUUUUUUUCUGGUCCCACACAUGCAGUGCUCCUAUUUUCAUUUGGCAUAUAGGCCUAGAUCACAGCUUUUUCCAAAACAUUGGUAGUGUAGUCUGACCAAAUCCUUCCCUUGAUUUUCAGAAAGCACAGCUCAAUGUUAGAUAGUACUCUCGUAUGAAAACAAGCUCCUAGUAGAGUGGGUAUCAGUGCUGUUGACUUCCCUAACGAUAAUGGAUAUGUAUCAAUAGAGGAUCUGUACUGAUGUAGGACCUAAUCAACAUACAAAAACUGGUAAGCGUAUACUGUCUGAUAUGUAAGUAUUGUACUGUAUGUAUAUCUGUUUCCCAGAGUACCUUUCCGUUGACCAACAUAUUAGACAGAACUAUAUUUCCGUACACGUUGGCUUUGAUCAUGUUGAUGCUAGAGUUAGAUGAACCGCUGCUAAAUGAUUCUGAAGGGGAAUGGGCAUUUUUCUUUGAUAAAAAUACCCAAAAUUCACAUUCAACUGACAGCUUACUGAAAUAAUUUUGGUUUGAUUCAGCAAGCAUUGAGGGGAUUUUAAUGGCAUUUUCAUAUGAAUCUUUGUAGCUUGUGUUGAUGGGUGUUUUUAGUCUAAGGAAAUCUGUUUCCUGGAAUGUCCCGAAUAUAUUACGCAAACAGUCUGGUGGACCAAAGCCACAAAUUUGCCCUUUAUUACCAAAUAGGAAGACCAGGAGAAACUCCUGAUGCAUAGGCAUUGUCUUUAUCAGCUUAGUCUACUAGUUGUCUUCCACAGCACCUUCCCAUUAACGCUAUUUCUUCCGAGUGUAUUGCUUCCAUUUGGAGUUACACCUCAGUCAUGUGAUUUGCUAAAAUGUAAUUAUGACAAUUACUUUACUCAGUUAGGUCACUCCCAUAGGAUUCUAUGGCCAUUUCCAGAUCCACAAGGCCAAUUUUGAAUCGCUGGAUUUCCCAAGGUUUAUGUGCGCUGUGCGCAUUGAUCUGGGGACGGGGUUGGAAGUCAGUGACGUUUGAAAAAUGAUGUACAGUAGUAUAUGCAAUGUUGCCCGUCCAAAUGUAUAAGAACAGUGUUCAAUGCUUUAUGCACUCCUGAAUCUAAAACGUAAGCCUUAAAGAGGUCAUAAAUGUGGGACAUAGUGUAUUUCAGGUAUUUAUUGCAUAUCUACCUUUAGAGUUUGGUUUAUUCUGUCUUGAUGUUACAAUACAUUUGUUUGAUCUAGGUACUGUAUAUGAUAUCAUAUUCAGGUUUAUGUCAGCUUUAUCUUGGGAUAUGCCACCCUUUGGUAUGUAUAUUUUAAUUAAGUUUAGGUUGUCCUAGUGACUGUCCUGGUGGAUCUGCAAGGAAAGUAAGCAAGGAAGAUUUGACCUUUUAGGGAGAUUUUGCCAUUGCACAGGUAGAAUUUAUUUUUUUUCAGUUUAGGGUCUAGGUUUAGGAUAAAAGUUACACAAUCUACACUAAUCCCAAUAGUAACAAAAAUCAUCCCAGUCAUCUGGUGCUGGUAUUUCACUGCAUUCUCUUUAGACUUGUGAUGUAAAUUACAUAUAUGUAAUGGAAAACAAAUAUGUUGGUUUCUCUGACCUAGAUUAAUAGUCAUGGUUUAAGGCUUGACCCAUGCCUUGUCCCACGUCAUAAAAAUCAUGUUGGGACCAAGCACACUAAUUUCAGUAAUGAUUACAUUAAGUAUAUAAGCAUGAUCCAUUGUUAAUGAUUCUAAAAACGAAUUAGACCACAAAA